AUGCCGACGCCGGUUAGAUACGCCGUCUGCGGCGCGAUUAUCGUUGGUUCUGCCGGCGUGGGGUUCGCGGCCGGCAGCAAGUUUCAGCCGCCUGUGGGGCAGGUGGCUGGUGCCGUGGUGCUCGGCGCGCUUGGCGCGGGAGCCGCGCACGUGGUGAACUCUGCUAGUAAGGAGGUCGCUGCGGCGGAUUUGCACAACACGCUUGUGCGCUUAUCGGAUCCGCUUCAACUGAGACGAGGCGAGGCUGCGGAUAUCGCAAACAAGUAUGGCGUGAGCUUGGAGGAUGAGAGGUACCGGGCGGAAAUGAAGGAUCUCUACGAGAAAUUUGUGUCGUCCGUGAUUCCUCCCGGCAACGAGCCGCUGAGGGGCGACGAGUCGGAUCUGAUCUCGCGCUUCAAGGCGUCGAUGGGCCUUGAGGACGAGGAUGCGGCUGCUGCUCAUAUCGAGUCCGUGCAGGUGGGGCGGCGCAUUUUCCGCCAGAGGCUGGAGACGGGCGACAAGGAGGCCGCCUUUGAGGAGCGACAGUCGUUCCAGAAGCUGGUGUACGUGUCGAACCUGGUGUUUGGCGAGAAGUCCAAGUUCCUGCUGCCGUGGAAGCGCAUCUUCAAAGUCAGCGACGCGCAGGUCGACAUCGCCGUGCGCAACAACUCACAGGCGCUUCUGCAGGCGCAGCUCGACGCCAGCAAGGGAGAUUUCACAGUGGACAACCUCAAGGAACUCCGGGCGCUGCAGAAGAAGUACAAGCUCUCGGACGAUACCCCUUCCCUCGUCCUUCCCUCCUCUCCCCCCCUUCCCUCGUCCUUCCCUCCUCUCCCCCCCUUCCCUCGUCCUUCCCUCCUCUCCCCCCCUUCCCUCGUCCUUCCCUCCUCUCCCCCCCUUCCCUCGUCCUUCCCUCCUCUCCCCCCCUUCCCUCGUCCUUCCCUCCUCUCCUCCCCUUCCCUCCCCAUCAUCACCGCAGGGACAUGGCGAAGGGACACGGCUAAGGUGGUGGACGACUUGGAUGCCAUGAGGGCAUACAAUGCACAUCUGGCUGCGCUCGCCAAGGCUGCUGCUCCUGACGACCUCCUGCCCGGCAUUGGCCCCGUCUCCGUCUUCGGUGGCGGGUACGACACGGACAGGCAGAUGGACGAUCUGAAGCUGCUCUACAAGACAUACCUCUCGGAGGCCCUCACUGCUCCCCGCCUCACCUCCGCCCAGAUGGACGAUCUGAAGCUGCUCUACAAGACGUACCUCUCGGAGGCCCUCACCGCCCCCCGCCUCACCUCCGCCCAGACGGAAGCGCUGGCGGAGCUGAGGAAUACCUUUGGGAUGGGCAAGAGGGAGGCGGAGGAGGCAUCAGACGAGAUUUUACUGAUGUGUGAUACGGAAGCGCUGGCGGAGCUGAGGAAUACCUUUGGGAUGGGCAAGAGGGAGGCGGAGGAGGCAUCAGACGAGGUGACGCGCAAGGUGUACCGCCGCAAGCUGGCGAACCUCGUCACGGGCGGCGAACUGGACCGGGCGGCAAGCAAGGCCGAGGUGCUGCAGGAGCUCUGCGACUCUCUCAAGUUCGACCCUGAGAAGGCUGCCCAGAUUCAUGAAGGGUGGCAAGCAAAGGCCGAGGUGCUGCAGGAGCUCUUUGUUUCGCUCAAGUUCGACCCCGAGAAGGCGGCUCAGAUUCACGAAGAGAUCUACCGGCAGAAGCUGCAGCAGUGUCUGGCGGACAAGUCUCUCAGCGACGAGGACGUAUCAGCUCUGAACCGCCUGCGCGUGCUGCUGUGCGUGCCCAAGUCAGCGGUCGACAAGGCCCACGGGGACAUCUGCGGGGGAAUCUUCACCAAGGUGGUGGACGAUGCCAUCGGCGCCGGUAUCGACGGCUACGAUGGCGACAUGAGGGAUGCUGUCAGGGCCGCCGUGAAGGGGCUCCGGCUGCCGCUGCAGUCUGCUUUGGAAAUUGCUACCAAGGCGGUGAGUACACUGUUGGGGCUGGGGAGUGCUGGGCUGGUUGGGAAGCAGCAACCGAGGGAGGGCCGCUGUCAAGGGGCUGCGGCUGCCACUGCAGUCUGCUCUGGAAAUUGCCACCAAGGCGAUGCGAGCUGUGUUCCUGACAUACAUCAAGCGCGCACGAGGCACCAUGAGCCGUGCGGAAGGUGCAAGGGAGCUCAUUUAGAUGGUCAUCUUCUCCAACCUCACCUCGCUUUCCUCCCCUCCUUGUACAUGACCCUCCUCCCCGCUCUCCCGCCCUCUGAGUCUUUCUUUUCCCAGGUGCGAGCCGUCUUCCUCACGUACAUCAAGCGCGCACGAGGCACCAUGAGCCGUGCGGAGGGAGCGAGGGAGCUGAAGAAGAUGGUCAUCUUCUCCAACCUCACCGUCUCCCAACUCCUCGACGACAUCCGAGGCAAGACCGACGAGCUUGCCACCAAGCCUGCAGGCUCGGCAGCGACCGGCGAAGGCUCGGGCCCGGCCGUGACAGCCGAGGAGGGUAAGAAGGAGGAGGAGAAGGAGGCGGAGGAGGAGGAGGGGUAUGAUGACGAGAUGCCGCUGCUGCAGUCUAUGAAGAAGACCAAGGGGCAGCAGAAGGAGGGCAAGGCACAGAAGGAAGUGUCUGUGAAGGAUGACUUGGAACUCAGGGAACGCCUGGACCUAUACAAGUCUUUCCUGCUGUUCUGCCUGCAAGGGGAUACCACCGGGAUGCCCAUGGGAACUAGCCUCACUGUCCAGAGGGACACUUCGGAUUUUGUCCGCCUUUCACAGCUGGGGGAUAUUCUCGGGUUGGCCCCUCCGGAGGUCUCGUCUGUGCAUCAGGGGUUGGCGGAGCAGGCGUUUAAGGUGCAAGCACAGACGCUCCUGGCUGACGGGCAGCUUACCAAGGCCCGUGCAGAGCAGCUGAAGAUCAUGCAGCGCGAACUGGGCCUGCCGGACGCUGCUGCGCAGAAGGUGGUGCAGUCUAUAACGAGUACGAAGAUGGCGGGCGCGAUCGACGCGGCGAUCAAGGCGGGGAGGCUGAGUGUGGACGAGGUGAAGCAGCUGAAGGAGAGCGGCGUGGAUAUCAGCAGUAUGGUGGCCGAGAAGGUUCGCCUGCAGAUGUAUACCAAGCUGGUUCAGAAGGAGUUUGACAAGGGCACGGGGGAUUUCGAUGAGAAGGAGCUGCUGGAGAAGCUGCCUGGGGAUCUGGGGUUAGAGGAGGAGGUGGCGCGGAAAACGGUGAAGGGGAUUGCGAGGGAGCGGCUCAAGGGAUCGCUUGUGCUGGCCGUGUCAAACCUCCGACAGAAGAAGCCCGACCUAGUGGUGUGUGCAGGGAUGGGGGAUGGUGGGACAGGUGGUGAUGGGAAUGGGGGUGAUGUGGUGGGGGAUGGUGGGAUGGGGGAGGUUGCUAUGCUGCGCAACAUGCUGGCAGACAGCACCUUUGAACACCUUGUGGCAGUGUUGAACAACAUGCUGGCGUGCGACAAGGCGGACUCGGCAACGGAGGCACUCAAGUGGACAGUGAAGGAGGAGCUGCUGGACCUCUACUCGCUCUUCCUCAGCAAGCACGAUGCCGAGAGCAGCGCUGCGGGCCGCAUGCGCGAGCUCCUUGGGAUUGACGAUGAGACGGCCGCCUCGCUCUCGGAGAUUGUGUCCAAGGGAGGGUUCAACAUGGAUUUGGACUCUUCUGUGGAGGAGAACUUUGUGUUUUAG